AGCCUACAUCAUACAAAUCGAAUGUAUCAAAUAUUAAAACUAAAAUGUUUGUCUUCCGAAACGUAUAAUAUUGUCAAGCACUACACACCAUACAAAUUUCAAUUAACUCCACUAUCACAUCAAAAUGUCGUUGCAUUUUGAAAGGGGGUGACAUAAUUUAGUUUUAUACAACAUGAAUAUUUGAUGCUGCUAUUUGCCGUGAAACGUAAUUCUAAAAAUAGAUUCACCGUGACCCGAACUUCAACAAGAACUGACUUUGACACUGACCAAACUCACCUUCAAAUGUGUAUCGUUAAAUAACAGCUUGUUUACGAACAUAAAUGGAUGUUCUAAUGAAAUUUCCAACCAAUUUUCAAUAACAUCCAUUCACUCUCUUGUUGCAGCUAAAUAACCCGAUUACGUUGCAUAAAGCGUUUUAACUGUUCGGUAUAGAAUUUAACAUUUUCCGUUGUAUAAUGUAUCGGGUACGAACAUUUUCCAUCUUUCUGUAUUCCCUUUUAACCAUUUUCCACUCUGAGAUGAAUUCGAGGGCGUACAGACGGAUUGUGCGUAUAAAAACAAGUGGUUCUCAUUUUGGCAUCAAGUGUAGAUAUAUUUUCAGUCUCGAACAGCAAAGUCACAACGACUACAAACUUUCGUUCAGCUCUGUAUUGUAGUGUAAAUUUCUCAUUCCGUACUUUAUUAUUCAAAUUUGUUCAGUCCAAUCAAGUUUAUCAAUUCGAUAAAUUAUCGAAAAUUGAUUAAUUCGACAGUCAGCAAGGGAAAUUGAGAUUAAUUUUCGUCUCUACGAAAAUCUUUGUCUUAAAUUGAAGAGGACCAAAUCGGUAAAGAAUAUUGGUGAAGUCAGCAAAUUCGACUAAUAAAUAAAAGAAAUUUCUUAAAUUAGCUGAAAUGACGAAUGCGAAAAAGCUUCGCACCGAAUUGAGUCUUGAUGUGUUAACACCGACAUCAAUACCACUCGAUGUGAAAAUAAUGGAAUUCAAAGAGGAUCCCGAAAAAAUGGAUGAAAUGAUAAGAUUCGUCGAUGAGAUUGUGGAAAAUGCUCAAAAGCAGGCGGAGUUACGGGUGAUAGAUAAUAAGGCGCUGCUGAGAAAAAACGGAAAGGGUCACACAUUACUGUAUGGCAUCAAGCGCGGACGAAUCAUAACACGAGCUCGUAGUGCAGUUGUGCGUAUUUUCGAAGCCAUUUGCAAUUGUACCAAUUCUAGCCCGCAAAUAACUCGACAACUUCCGUCCGAUCAGCCCACAUCGACCAAUUAGUUUAGAAUGAACUUAAUAAAAUGAUCUUGAACGGGUCCCAUCUUGGACAUACAAUCGACAUUUAAAUGUUUUUAUCACUUGCACUCGGUGAAUUUAUAUGGAUGUAAGCUUAUGACACACACAAUAUACAAUGUAAUGAUUAAAAAAAAAAUCCUUUUUUGUCUAUUAGACAAUGUCUAAGUAGAAUUUUAAACGUUUACUAAUGGCUAUACACCUUUAUAAUUGUGAGAACAACCAAUCCAAUUUUUAGAAGUCAAUAAAUUUUU